AUGGAUGAGUUAAUGAAAUUGAGGGAUGAUGUUCAGUCUGGUCGGAAGGAGGAGGAGAGAUCUCUGAAGCGCGAGAAAGGUCGAAAGUAUGGUAGUGCAACUGAGAGUGAUUCCGAGGCAGAAUCUGAUGAAGGGUUUGAAUAUCCAGUGGAGGAGAUAAACACCAAUGAAGAGGAUUCUGAUGUUGCUGAGGACAAGCGAAAGAUGCAGAGAUAUCUUGAUUGGAAACUGCGCAGACGGUUUGAGUUUGAGAGAGCUAAUCCAAACAUAUUUUCCAGAACCAUGCACGAGGGAGAACCCAAAGUUGAAGAGAAGUCCCAUGUGAGAAUAUUUCCUAGAUCCGCUCAUGUAGAAGAAUCCAGCGAAUCUGAUGAAGAUCUCCCUGAUGUUUCCAGAGAUGAAGAUGAAGAAGAUAGUGAUGAGGAGAGCUCAUCAUAUGGAGAUAAUGAUACUUCCCUUGCUUCAUCAGGCAGUAGUUACAGUGAAUGGUAUGAGGGAGACGAAGACUGGAGUUACGAUGAAGAGGACUUUUAG